AUGCUGACAGAUUUUUCUCUCAUCUCGACAGUCAAGAAGAAAUCUUCCCCUGGCCUCAAACUGAGCAACCUAAUGAAUCUGGGCAGGAAGAAAUCUACCUCGCUGGAGCCUCCGGACCGGUCCCUCGAGACAUCCAGUUACCUGAACGUGCUGGUGAACAGCCAGUGGAAGUCACGCUGGUGCUCCGUCAGGGACAGUCACCUGCAUUUCUACCAGGACCGGAACCGGAACAAGGUCGCCCAGCAGCCCCUCAGCCUGGUGGGCUGUGAGGUGGUCCCAGACCCGAGCCCUGACCACCUGUACUCCUUCCGCAUCCUCCACCGCGGCGAGGAGCUGGCCAAGCUCGAGGCCAAGUCUUCUGAGGAAAUGGGCCACUGGCUAGGCCUCCUGCUCUCUGAGUCAGGCUCCAAGACAGACCCGGAAGAAUUCACCUACGACUACGUGGAUGCCGACAGGGUCUCCUGCAUCGUCAGUGCGGCCAAAACCUCUCUGCUACUGAUGCAGAGAAAGUUCUCGGAGCCGAACACUUACAUUGACGGCCUGCCCAGACAGGACCACCAGGAGAUGCUGUAUGACGACGUGGAGACAUCGGAGCUGACGGCUGUGGUGGAAACUCCCGAGGAAGCUGCCCCUGUGACAGAGGCCCCAGGCGAGUCCCAGCCCGACCGAGUGUACCUGGACCUCACACCUGUCAAGUCCUUUCUGCACAGCUCCGGUGGUGCACAGGCUCGGGCCCAGUCCCCGCCGCCAUCCCACCCGGACCCCCCAGCCGAGACUCUCCCUGCAGACCCGGGCCCUGCCCCAGAUGAGCCCCUGGCAGAGUCUCCAGAGAACCCCGAGUUGCAGAUGCCGCGGCAGGAGAGUCCAGAGCCCCAGGAGCCUUCCCCAAGAACCACAACAGUCAAAGUCCAGACUGAACAGCAGAAAGUCUCCUUCCCGUCGAGCUGCCCCGAUACUGCGGCCGUCGCCCCGGCUGGGGCCAGCCCACCUGUGAAGGACAGGUUGAGGGUGACCACAGCAGAGAUCAAACUUGGCAAGAAUAGGACAGAAGCUGAGGUAAAGCGGUACACAGAGGAGAAAGAGAGGCUGGAGAAGAAGAAGGAAGAAAUCCGGGGGCACCUGGCUCAACUCCGGAAAGAGAAACGGGAGCUCAGAGAGACCGUGUUAAAAUGCACAGACAAGGGAGUCCUGGCCAGCCUGGAGCAGAGGCUGAAGGAAAUCGACGAGGAGUGCAGGGUGGAGGAGAGAAGGCGUGUGGACCUCGAGCUCAACAUCGUGGAGGUGAAGGACAACCUGAAGAAGGCGGAGGCCGGGCCCGUGACGCUGGGCACCACGGUGGACACCACCCACCUGGAGAACGUGAGCCCCCGGCCCAAACCUGCCGCCCCCACCCCUGCGCCAGACUGUACGCCGGUCAACUCCGCAACAGCGCUCAAGAACAGGCCUCUUUCGGUCAUGGUCACGGGCAAAGGCACUGUCCUCCAGAAAGCGAAGGAAUGGGAGAAGAAAGGAACAAGUUAGGAAACAAGCUUCAUCUAAAGACUCUCCUGCCAUCACGGCCCUUGGUGACAAUCCUGCUUCAUUAAAGUCUUCGUUAAAGCAGCAACUCUGUGAAAAGGUGAGUCUGCUCAGAAGCAGAAGGAAGGACUCUGGUACUCUGGGUGGAGAGCGCAGGCAAAGAGGAGGCUCGGUCUGUUUUCAGAGCCAAAGGAAAUAAUAACAACAAAGGGAAGGCUUCUCUGGAGACCUAAUUGCUACUGGAUGGAAACAAGACAUUGCUGUAUUUAGGGGUAUUCUGUGUUUCUUCUUUGAAGUUUUCAUCAACUGCUUUAUCAAGCUUUUUAAGUAGUGAAAAGCAUCUGAUGGUGGGACUUUGGUGGAAAAGAAAUCAAGGUAGCAGGACCCUGUUCUUCUGGUCGUGUGGCUUUGGUGAGCAAGGAGACCUCAACUCCUGACUGUCAUCUCUCACCCACGUGUCGACUUCCCUCUAACAUUAGCAGGUCCGAAUCAGUCUUCCGUGGUUUCCACCUGUGUGAAGCCAUCAUGACAUGCUUUUUGAGAAACAGGUAACAGGGGAGAAUAUUUGGGACCAAGCUGAGGUGCUGUCCCCACUAAGUUAAGGACUUCUUUUCAGCCUAAAGCAGGCUUGAAUCCAUUGCUUUUAAAAAUUUUAAAUGAUGCUGUAUUAUAUAGAAAAAAAAUGUUUAAAAUCCUGUAAUUUAGAACAGCGAAAAGUGUCUCUUUCAGAUUUAAAAGUAUCUUUUUGAGGUCCGACUUUUUACAUUACCGUAGGAGGAAAGAUAUACCCAGCGUUUACAGAUGCAGUCCUGUGGCCAGGCCAUUUUUAGGGGAAAAGUUCAAGUUCUGCUUAAUGUCCAGGCCCCUUCCAAGAAAAACAUGGUGAAUUCUGGUUCGGGUUGAUGCUGUCCUCCUCCUAAAAUUGGCAGUGCUGUUCUUUGUGUCCUCUCUUCUGAUACAGUGUUUUGUUUUUUUUUAAUACCGAUUGAAACAUUUCAUCUGUCGUUCCUGCCUCGUUUCUGGGGAUUGUCAAUCAAUCAGCAUUCUCUAACACUGGUUCCUGAGAACUAAAGGUCUUUUGAUUUCUGUUGUCUUCCUAAUCCCAGGGCAUUUAUUUCCUUUGUCAUAUACACUUGGUGUCCUUUAUCAAGUGAAUUAGACUUUUUUUUUUUUUUUUUUAAAUAAAACGUUACUUGUA